AUGGCUCCAGGCAUUGUCCUCAAAGCUCUCUCAGCCUUAGGAAAAUGUUCCUCAUCCGUCUCUAAGAUACCCAGCUCAACGCUGUCUCCCCACCUCAACUGCAGUUCAAGCCUCUGCAUCAAGCCUGCCUGCCAUGGGCAGAGACAGGAAUGCACAGAGCAGCUAGUCCAGUGGAAACAGAACAUCAGCCACAUGUUUCAUCACUCAGUUAUGUCUGACUCUGCAACCCCAUGGACUGUGGCCAACCAGGCCCCACUGUUCAUGGAAUUUUCCAGACAAGAAUACUGGAGUGGGUUGCCAUUUCCUUCUCCAGGGGAUCUUCCCGACCCAGGCAUUGAACCUGCGUCUCAUGCAUUGGCAGGUAGGUUCUUGGCCCCUGAGCCACCUGGGAAGCUCAUGAGUCACACUAGGUAG